AUGUUGCAAGAGCUCUACAUCCACGACCGCAAGAAGCCCGCGCAUACAGCACCGCUGCCUCCCAUCCCGUCACAGGCGCACGGAAUCCCGCUGCUGGAGCACUACCACCCGCCUCUGCGGUUCGCGCGCCGCCAUCACAGCGACGUACCCCGUCACGACGACUCCGGCUAUGCGCACUACAAGGAUAUGCGGGAAAUCGCCUUGGCGAAUGCUAUACGCGAGUUGGAAGACGACUUGGGGUCGCGCUGCGGAAUCAAGUGCUUGGAAUUGCAGAACCAACAGCUGAUUGUACAUCGCUAUAGCCAGAGUAAACUAUCACAGCAAGAGCUGGCCGACCUCCAGAAAGCGACACACUUCGACAAGAAAGAGCUACAGCAAUGGUACAAAGGCUUCCUGAAGGACUGUCCCUCGGGCAUGCUCACCAAGGAGGAGUUCCAAAAGAUCUAUAAGCAGUUCUUUCCGUUCGGGGAUCCGUCGUCAUUUGCAGAUUAUGUCUUCAAUGUCUUCGAUGCAGACAAGUCCGGCACAAUCGACUUCAAGGAAUUCAUCUGCGCGCUGAGCGUCACGAGUCGCGGCAAGAUGGAGGACAAGCUGGAUUGGGCGUUCCAGCUGUACGACAUUGACGGAGACGGCAAGAUCAGCUACGAAGAGAUGCUGGCAAUCGUAGAAGCCAUCUACAAGAUGGUCGGCUCCAUGGUUAAGCUCCCGGAAGACGAAGACACCCCCGAGAAGCGCGUUAAGAAGAUCUUCCGCAUGAUGGACAAGGACGAGAACGGCAGCUUAGACAUGGCUGAGUUCAAGGAGGGCUCGAAGCGCGACGAGACUAUCGUUUCCGCCUUGUCUCUGUACGAUGGUCUUGUGUGA